AUGAAGUCGAGUAAAGGAGAAAAACGACUCUCCAGAGGUAUUUCUCAUGCCAGCUCAGCCAUUGUCUCCCUUGCUCGAUCACAUGUAGCAAAUGAAUGCAGCAAUGAACAGUUUCCUUUGGAGAUGCCUAUAUACACAUUCCAGCUGCCAGAUCUUAGCGUGUAUAGUGAAGAUUUCAGAAGCUUCAUUGAACGUGACUUAAUCGAACAGGCAACAAUGGUUGCUUUGGAACAAGCAGGUCGACUGAACUGGUGGUCCACAGUGUGUACAAGUUGCAAACGUCUUCUUCCAUUGGCUACAACAGGUGAUGGAAACUGCCUCUUACAUGCUGCCUCAUUAGGGAUGUGGGGAUUUCAUGACAGGGACCUUGUGUUACGUAAAGCACUCUACACCAUGAUGAGAAGUGGAGCUGAAAGGGAAGCAUUGAAGAGAAGAUGGAGAUGGCAACAGACACAACAGAAUAAAGAGUCGGGUUUAGUUUAUACAGAAGAAGAGUGGGAACGGGAAUGGAAUGAACUGCUUAAGCUGGCUUCAAGUGAACCUCGCACUCAUUUUGGCAAAAAUGGAGGCACUGGUGGUGGAGUUGAUAAUUCAGAAGAUCCAGUGUAUGAGAGUUUAGAAGAGUUCCACGUUUUUGUCUUAGCACAUAUAUUGAGAAGACCAAUUGUUGUUGUAGCAGACACAAUGUUAAGAGACUCAGGGGGAGAAGCAUUUGCACCUAUCCCAUUUGGAGGAAUUUACUUGCCAUUGGAAGUUCCACCUAACCGAUGUCACUGCUCACCUCUUGUCCUGGCUUAUGAUCAAGCGCAUUUCUCUGCUCUUGUAUCCAUGGAACAAAAAGAUCAACAGAGAGAACAAGCGGUGAUCCCUCUGACUGACUCUGAACACAAGUUACUGCCUUUGCACUUUGCGGUUGAUCCUGGGAAAGACUGGGAGUGGGGGAAAGAUGACAAUGAUAACACCAGACUGGCCAGCUUGAUUCUGUCUCUGGAGGCAAAGCUUAAUCUCCUGCACAGCUACAUGAAUGUAACUUGGAUACGCAUACCAUCUGAAACACGGGCCCCUUUGGCCCAGCCAGAAUCGCCCACCGCUUCAGCAGGGGAGGAUGUUCAGUCUCUGGCCGACUCAAUGGACUCAGACCGAGAUUCCAUCUGUAGUAAUUCAAAUGGCAGCAAUGGCAAAAAUGGUAAAGAAAAGGAAAAAGACAAACAGAGGAAAGAUAAAGACAAAAACAGGACGGAUUCAGUUGCCAAUAAACUCGGAAGCCUCAGUAAAACUCUAGGAAUUAAGCUGAAAAAGAAUAUGGGUGGGCUGGGAGGGCUAGUGCAUGGGAAGAUGAGCAGAGCAAACUCAGGGAAUGGCAAAAAUGGCGACAUCACAGAAAAAGUCAAAGAGAAGAAGUCGAAGUCUCGCAAAGGGAGCAAAGAGGAGUCCGGACAGUCUGCGAGCACGUCUCCAUCUGAAAAGACAACUCCCUCUCCUACUGACAAGGCGAGCAUUUCACCUGCCGAAAAGAUAAACACAAAAUCCCUCUCUGACAAACAGUCUGACCCGUGGAAAUACAGCACCGAUGUAAAGCUCAGCCUCAACAUUUUGAGAGCUGCCAUGCAAGGAGAACGCAAGUUUAUUUUCGCUGGCCUUCUUCUGACUAGCCAUAGGCAUCAGUUCCAUGAGGAGAUGAUCGGCUAUUACCUGACCAGUGCCCAAGAGCGCUUCAAUGCCGAGCAGGAACAGAAGCGAAAGGAGGCUGAGAAAAAAGCUGUUCUCAAUGGGUCAUCUUGCAGGAAACUGGAGCAAGAAGCAUAUUCAAAAGAAAAGUUAGAAUCAUCUCCUCAGGACAGGGCAUCACCAGUCUUGCCUCAAAGCCAUACAACUCAACUGGUUUUAAAGUUUAAAGAUCGCACUAGUCCCACUCCAGGGUCAUUUUCUUCACCAAGUAAUAGUGCUAAGAAAAGUGGACCCGUUCCGGUAUCUGCCCACUAUAGCCAUACUCCACCUGUUCAAAGGCAAAGCGUUAUCCAUUUGCAUGAUGUCAACUCCAAGCCAUCAAGCUUCCAAGAUGAUAGCUAUAAGCCAGUGGUUGGCACCUUAAAAACAUGUGCCACUUAUCCCCAACAGAAUCGAUCACUGUCUUCACAGAGUUAUAGCCCAGCGCGGAUAUCAGGUAUCCGUACAGUGAACACAGUGGAAUCACUGACCUACGCCAUGCCUACCGACCACAAGUCACAGACAUUUACAAAUGGGUUUAAUACUGGUGAUAUUAGAGAUUGCUUAGAAUAUGCUGAUGAGGAGGCUCCUCAGAUCUGGUUGAACAAUGAUAAAAACCGAGGCAGAAGCACAGUUUCCCCAAUAUAUUCCAUCCAGCAGAACCGUUGCAAGAAAGAGAACUGUUCCUUUUAUGGUCGUCCUGAGACUGAAAAUUACUGCUCAUACUGCUACAAAGAGGAGUUAAAGCGUAGGGAGAGAGAAAGUAAGGGACACCGGCAUUGAGGAUUGUGAGGAUCCUUCCCUGACUACUUAGUUUAACCAUUUUCUUACUUGCAAAGUAAAUAGCAAUGGAUUAUGGAAAAAGGAAUCCUAAAAAGGGAAUGAUGGGUAAAUAAUGUCUAGCUUGUCACUUUUCUGGGGCAGUGCAGAAAUAAGAGGAUUAAUUUAUCAUAAAGAAUUUAUUAUUUUC